AACCUUCCGCCAUGGCGUUGCGCCCACGUGCGUCCUCCCAACCCGGGAAACUCUCCUUCCUGCAGACUUCCAAAGCCACCUCGUCUCUUCGCCCGAGGGCCGUCUCCUCGCGCUCGGGCUCCGUGCUGGAAGACGAGCUGUCGUGCCCCGUCUGCUGCGAGAUCUUCCGGGAGCCCGUGGUGCUGAAGUGCAGCCACAGCUUCUGCAGGGCGUGCCUGCAGCAGUUCUGGAACAAGAAGAAGGCCCAACGCGAGUGCCCCAUCUGCCGCCGGAAGUGCUCCCUGACCGAGCCCACCGUCAGCCUGGCGCUGAAGAACGUGGCGGACACCUUCCUGAGGGAGCAGCAGAGGCAGGAGGGCGGCCUCGCCCUCGGCGCGACGGAGGCCAAGGUGGAGGAGGUGAGGUGCGGCGUCCACGGCGAGGUCCUCAAGCUCUUCUGUCUGGAUGAUCUGCAAGUUCUGUGCUGCGUCUGUCACACCUCCAAGAAGCACCAGGGCCAUGGAGUGUGUCCUUUGGAAGAAGGAGCACACGACCUCAAGGAGGAGCUGAAGAAAGAACUGAUUCCCGUGAAGAAGAAUCUGCGUCGCCUGUAUGAGGCCAAGCAGGAGUGUGAUGACACAACUGUGCACAUCAAGAACCAGGCUCAGGCCUCCGAGAAGCGGCUCAGGGAGGAGUUUGAGCAGCUGCGGGACUUCCUGCACAAGGAGGAAGCGGCUCGGCUGGCCGCCCUGCAGCAGGAGGAGGAGGAGAAGCGGGAGCUGGUGAGGAAGAAGUCAGAGAGCAUCACCAGAGACAUCUUGACCUUCUCGCACGCCGUCAUCGCCGUGGAGAACGAGAUCGCAUCCGGCGACGCCCUCUUCCUGCAGAAUUACCCAAACACCAAGAAGAGGGCACAGCUGCCGCAGAAGGACCCGGAGAAGGUGUCCGGCGCUCUUAUUGACGUGGCCAAGCAUGUCAGCUCCCUCAAGUACCAUGUUUGGGAGAAGAUGGUGGAAAUGGUUCAGUACACGCCCAUCACCCUGGACCCCAACACCGCGUACUCCUGGUUGUCCAUCUCCAAGGACCUGACCAGCGUGGCCAACAGCGGCUCUCUGCAGCAGCUCCCGGCCAACCCCGAACGCUUCGGCCACUUCGUCUUCGCCCUGGGCUCGGAGGGCUUCUCCUCGGGCCGCCAUGCCUGGGAGGUGGAGGUGGGCGACAAGGUGGACUGGAUGCUGGGCGUGGUCAGAGGGUCCGUGGACAGAAAAGGCCGCAUCUCCGGCUGCCCCGAGGGCGGCUUCUGGAUGAUAUCGCACUACGAGGGAGAAUACUCGGCCAUGACCAGACCCAGCACUCGCUUGCAGCUGGAGGGGGAGCUGACCAGAGUCCGGGUCCAGCUGGACUACGACGCCGGUGAGGUGACCUUCUCCAACCCUAUCAGCAUGAUGCCCAUCUACACCUUUAAGGACUUCUUUACCGACAUCAUGUACCCCUUCUUCUGCCCUGGAGCAAACAUCAACGGGAAUAACCCCGACCCCCUCAAGAUCUGCCCUGCUACAGUGGCCGUGUGGAACAGCGCCACCUGGUGACAUGUAAGCAACACCAAUCAAUCUCACGCUGCUUUUGGCAUCAAUUUCCCCCUAAGAAACAUUUUGAAAACAUGUACAUCUGUGACUACACACGUAGCUUACCACCAUCAACAUGUGGAUGUGUGCAUUGCUCACCAUGUCAAUCUAAUCCAAUAUUGAUUAUUACUUCUGUUUAGACAAGAAGGACAUAAAAAAUGAGAACACACCUGAAGUGUUCAAUGGAUCUCAACUGGACUGUUUAGUUGGUUUUAGGAGACGUUUGGUCUCUCAUCCAAGUAGGUUCAUGCUCAUAGACUUAGAUUGGUCUCAUCUAGUCUUAGACUUAGAUUGGUGACAUCUAGUCUUAGUCUUAGA